AUGGCAACAGCACAUAAUCUGUCAGCGCCAUUUCAAACGAUAUCGAUUGAAAGAGACUAUCGUGAUUGUAUCACUAAAUUCUAUAGAGAGUUACCAAAUGAAUUGAAUGGAAAAGUAUCACAAAAUGAAUUUGAACAUACAAUAGAUAAGAUAAAUACUUGGUUGGAGAAAGCAGAGACUAUCGACGGAAGAAAUGUUUUAGAGGAAUGCAUAGGUUGUUUAACAUUCUUCACUUCAUAUCUAUGGUAUAAAGAUAAAUAUACAUCUAGUGUAGAGAAAAUUAGUAGAUUCCUUCAAGAACAAAACGAUACUGUUUAUUAUAAUAAAGGUAUUUCAUGGGUUAAUCCAAUGAAUAAUGGUUAUUUAAAGAAUCCAGCAAAUGCAAAUCAAUCACUUUCACCAUUUUCAUCGACUUCACUUUCGUCACCACCACAAUCAUCUGUACAUACACAACCGACCAUCAAUAUCAAUAGUUCACCUGGACAGCUCACCUCUCAGACAUCCGACAGUCAUGCUGGUGGCGCUGCUUCACCAAACAUCUCCACCGAGAUAUCAGAACAAUCGUCAGCCAUCACCACAAACAACACAAACUUUACCAACAACACAACAACUAUAACAACAGGCAAUCCAGAUACAAUCAUUAAUAUCAACAAUAACAAUCCUCACACUGAUUUCUCUUCGGAUGACGACGACGCCGAUGAUACUGAUUCCGAUACUUUCUAA